UUUGGUGGAAGCAGACAGCUGAUUGUGAAGAGCAGAGGAGAACUCUUUACCAGGAAACUACUCUAUACUUUAUUACAGACAGUUCUUAUUUCGCUUUUACUCCUCGUCACGCAGUCCGAAGAGCAACACCGACAGGACCGUUCAGCAUCUUAAACAACGAACUUCUUUCUCGCAGAAGACUAAUGCAAGGCAUAACUAUGGCUACUAUUUCACUAGCACUUUUGAUGCUGGUGCUCAGCCAUGCAUUUGCUCAGAUGAGCCCAAAGAGGAACUUGGCGGCGCCCAAGUCGCCAAAACAAUCGCAAUGCUGCGACGAGGUCCGUUCCUUGAAAGUCCAGGUGGCCAAUCUGAGCAGCAUGCUGGAGGAACUGAACAAGAAGCAAGAGUCGGAACUGAUGAAGGUUGUGCGGCAGAUGAUGGAGUUGGAAAAGCAGAACCAGCAGCAGGAAUCUCGUGUCACAGAGGCCGAGAGCAAGUACUCCGAAAUGUAUAAUCAGAUCGAAAUCAUGCAACUGCAGGCUGCACAGUCGGGCCCACAGCAGAGCACCUCAGACGCAAACUACGAUUGUGCAUCCCUGUACAACAAAAACUACAAAAUCUCUGGAGAGUACAAACUACCAAAAGAUGACUUUCUGGGAACGCCCGAAUUAAACGUCUUUUGUGACAUGGAAAACAAUGGCGGUGGCUGGACGGUCAUUCAGAGACGCAAGAUUGGCCUGACGAGCUUCGACCGUGACUGGAAGCAGUACAAGACCGGUUUCGGUACAAUCCGCGGUGACUUUUGGCUGGGCAAUGAACACAUCUUCCGGCUGACCAGACAGCCAACAGUGCUAAGAAUAGAUAUGGAGGAUUGGGAGGGUAAGGCGCGCUAUGCUGAAUACAAUUUUUUUACACUGAGCAACGAAAUGAACAGCUACAGGCUCUUCAUCGCUAACUACAGUGGGAAUGCUGGCGACUCCCUGCGCUACCACAACAACACCAACUUUAGCACUAAGAACAAAGACAACGACAAGUGUGUGGACAACUGCGCCCAACUUCGCAAAGGUGGAUAUUGGUACAACUGCUGCACUGACUCUAAUCUGAAUGGCGUGUUUUACCGUUAUGGGUCACAUACCACAAACUCAGAUGGCAUCACUUGGUAUGGAUGGCAUGGACCGAACUACUCACUAAAACGGGUGGAGAUGAAGAUCCGCCCUCAGAAUUUCAGACCUUAAAGACUUUCAUAAUUCAAAUGAAUGCGCCUUCUUACCACUAAACUUUGGCAUGAAUGGAUCAACAUAUUCUUCUGCUUGGACCGGGCAAACAUUUCAGGGGAAUGCAUUUGUGUAACAGUAUUGUAGGACUGAAUAUGUGACGGACGAUGUUUGAUUGUAAAUUGCAUUUUAUAUAUGGUAUUUAUCUCUUAAAUAUUUUAUUUUCUCUAGCCUUUUCUAAAAAAAUUUAUGCACCAAGA